GAUUGCAGAAAAUUACAGGAAAAUACCAAGUCAAAUAGUCAAAUAGUCAAAAAGAGAUCCAUCAUUCACCCCACCCUAUUCCACACGGCUACUGACCAGACUUCCAAUUUCCACGAGUCCGACGAAUACUAUCUUAUAUGAGGGCUGGAGGAGAUUCUAUUUUCUUCAUUAUAAUCAUAUCUCUUCCUUAUUCAAUCACCGCCGGCGACCACCGGCAAUGGCCACCACUCGCCACCUCUCUAUCCUCUCUUUUUUCACUCUAAUCCUAUUGGUUCAUGCCAGAUUAAAUCUCCACCCAACUGACCAUGAAGCUCUGUUGGAAGUCUACAAAGAUUUGGGUGUUUCAAGCGGCACAGACAACAUUUGCAACGCCGCCGGAGUAUUCUGCGAGCGGAGGAUCUCCAACAACUCAUAUGUCCUCCGGGUAACCCGUAUUGUUUUCAAGCCUCGCCGCUUGAGAGGCUCUAUUUCUCCGGCAAUUGGGAAGCUCUCGGAGCUUAAAGAGCUCUCUAUACCAAACAACCAUCUUGUGGACCAAAUCCCAACUCAAAUCACCGAUUGCCGGAAACUGGAAGUUCUCGACCUUCAUAGCAAUAGGCUGUCAGGGAAAGUCCCCGCCGGGUUGUCUUCCCUAGUCCGUCUCCGGGUUCUAGAUCUGUCCUCUAAUAAGUUCUCCGGCGAUCUGGAUUUCUUGAAGUAUUUCCCCAAUCUUGAAAAGCUUUCCCUUGCCAAUAACAUGUUCGUCGGAAAAGUACCAGCCUCCUUGAGGUCUUUCAGAAACCUCCGAUUCUUCAACAUCUCCGGCAAUAGUUUCUUGGAAGGCCCAAUGCCGACAAUGAAGCAAUUCGAAUCUCCAUCGGAGGAGUUACAAAACGGAAACAAGAACCUCGUUCCUAGACGUUAUGUCUUUGCGGAAUCAAACAACACUUCUUCACCGGUAAGAAAUCAAACGACAAACAGCGGUUCUAGAUUUGAUGAUCUCCAAGCUCCGGCGCCAGCUCCGACAUAUGAGCCAAGCAAAAAACAUAAGAGCAAGACGAAGAAAAUCAUACGUUGGGCACUUGGGUUUUUAGCAGGAGUCAUAGCAGGAAUUAUAUGCGGAACCAUCGUGUCAAUACUCUUUAAAAUGAUUCUGAAUAAGAUCAAAGGCACACCGAAUGAUUCCGGGCCUGCCAUUUUCAGUCAACUUAUUAAAGCCGAAGAACUCGCUUUUCUUGAGAAAGACGACGGAGUUGCAUCCCUACAAAUCAUCGGAAAAGGUGGUUGUGGAGAAGUAUACAAGUGCGAAUUGCCAGAAAGCAAAGUCAAAACAAUUGCCAUUAAGAAGAUCAUACAACCUCCAAAGGAUGCCACAGAGCUCGCCGAAGAAGACACAAAGCUUCUCAACAAGAAAAUGCGACAAAUCAAAUCAGAAAUCCAAACCGUCGGCCAAAUCAGACACCGGAAUUUACUUCCAUUAUUAGCUCAUGUUUCCCGGCCAAAUUGUCACUACCUAGUGUACGAAUUCAUGAAGAACGGCAGUUUACAAGACAUUUUACAACAAGUCAAAGAAGGUAGCCGGGAACUCGAUUGGCCCGCGAGACACAGGGUGGCGCUCGGAGUAGCUGCCGGACUGGAGUAUCUUCACAUGAGUCACACUCCUCGUAUAGUUCACAGAGAUUUAAAACCAGCCAAUGUCCUUCUUGACGACGACAUGGAAGCUCGGAUAGCUGAUUUUGGGCUUGCGAAAUCAAUCCCAGAUGCCGAUACUCACAUGACGAGCUCAAAUGUCGCCGGAACUUUAGGAUACAUCGCGCCGGAGUAUCACCAGACUAUGAAAUUUACCGAUAAAUGUGAUAUCUACAGUUUUGGGAUAUUGUUGGCAGUUCUGGUGAUGGGGAAGCUUCCUUCGGAUGAGUUUUUCCAGCGGACAUCUGAGAUGAGUUUGGUGAAAUGGAUGAGAAAUGUGAUUACUUCUGAGGAUCCAAAACAAGCGAUUGAUUCGAAGCUUUUGGGGAAUGGUUAUGAGGAACAGAUGCUUCUUGUUCUUAAGAUUGCUUGCUUCUGUACCAUGGAUAAUCCGAAAGAAAGGCCCAACAGUAAAGAUGCCAGGUUGAUGUUGGCUCAGAUUAAUCAUUAAGUAACCAGUGUGGAAAUUAGCAUCAACAUGUGUUAGUUUUUAUAUCAAGUGUUUAUAAUUAUAUAUAGUUGUUUCAUGUACCAAAAAUUGUAUUAAUUUUUAUAGUAAAUGUUUUAAAUAUUUCCAUGUGAGGAAAUAUGUAACAAGUUUUAUAUCAAAUGAAUAAUUUUCUCUAAAA